CUACCAUGUUCAGCCACCAGCAGCAACUGCAGCAGCAGCAGCAGCAGCAUCAGCAGCAGCAGCAGCUAUUACAACUCCAGCAGCUGCUCCAGCAGUCGCCUCCGCUGCCCAUGGCUGUGAGCCGCGGCCUCCCCCCGCAGCAGCCCCAGCAGCAGCUCCUGAAUCUCCAGGCCACAUCCCUCCUCAAUGGCUCCAUGCUGCAAAGAGCUUUGCUUUUGCAGCAGUUACAAGGACUGGACCAGUUUACAAUGCCACCAGCCACAUAUGACAGUGCCGGUCUCACCAUGCCCACAGCAACCCUGGGCAACCUCCGUGGCUACAACAUGGCAACCCCGAGCCUGGCAGCCCCCAGCAUCACACCGCCCCAGCUGGGCCCUCCCAAUUUGCAGCAGUUCUUUCCCCAGGCCACUCGCCAGUCUCUGCUGGGCCCGCCUCCUGUUGGGGUCCCUAUGAACCCCUCGAAGCUCAACCUCUCAGGGAGAAACCCCCAGAAACAGACCCGGACCCACUCUUCUACCACCCCCAAUCGCAAGGAUUCUUCUUCUCAGACAGUGCCUGUGGAAGAUGGGGCAGACCCCCAAGAGGGGUCUGAAGAAGCGGAAGAGUUCAGGAUGGACACAUCCAGAGACCAAGAUUCACUCCCCUGCCCAGAUGGCCUCACGAGUGAGAAACGCAUUCCCACACCUGAGCCGGAACCUUCUGAGGUGGCUGAGCCACUGGCCAAGAGGUCAAGGACCUCAGAGAUGCCCAUGGAAAAGGGGCCUCCAGGGCAGUCACAGGUAAAGGUGCAGCCGCAGGCCCGGAUGACGGUGCCCAAGCAGACCCAGACACCAGAAGUGCUGCCUGAGCCACCGGAAUCCCGAGUGCUGCCUCGGUUCCAGCCGCGGGUCCUGCAGAUCCAGGCCCAGGUGCAGCCCCAGACUCCACCACAGAUGCCACCUGCGGGCACCCAGGCUCCGCUGAAGCUGCAGAAGCAGGCACAGACACAGACUUCCCUAGAGCACUUAGUGCCACUGCCGAAGGAAGCAGAGCCGCAGAAGCAGCCCCCAGAGCAGCCUUCCACGCAGGUGCCCGUACGGCCACUGGAGCAGACUCGGGGCCAGCCUGAGACCCAGCCGCAGGGGUCGGUGCCCACCCCAGAGCGGGUAAUGGUGCCCGUACAUGCCACCACGCCAGAAACACCAGCUCACCUCACAGCAGAGGCCGGGGGAGACCCAGAAGUGUCGUCGCUGGAGCUGGUGGGGGCCCAGGUCGGGGUAGCAGCAAGCCAGGAGCCAUCAGCCAGUGCUCCACAUGCAGGAGAGUGUGAAAAAAGAACACGUGACAUGCUUGGGAUGUGGGGUUCCGGGGGCUCCCUGAAGGUCACCAUCCUGCAGAGCAGCGACAGCCGGGCCUUUAACACCGCCCCCCUCGCGCCUGGGCCCCAUCCAGGCGGCGACCCUUCCUCCGCCACCCACGUGGCCACCAGCACUCCCUCUAAGCAGGGCCUUCACUUCUUCUGCUACAUCUGCAAGGCGAACUGCAGCAGCCAGCAGGAGUUCCAGGACCACAUGUCGGAGGCCCAGCACCUGCAGCGGCUCUCGGAGCUCCAGCACGUGAACCAGGCGUGCCUCCUGUCCCUGCUACCCAUGCCCCGGGAUGCCCUGGAGAGAGAGGAAGAGCCGCCACCAAAGCGCUGGUGCAACACCUGCCAGGUAUACUACGUGGGGGACCUCAUCCAGCACCGCAGGACACAGGACCACAAGGUCGCCAAGCAGUCCCUGCGACCCUUCUGUACUGUUUGCCACCGCUACUUUAAGACCCCCCGCAAGUUUGUGGAGCACGUGAAGUCCCAGGGGCACAAGGACAAAGCCAAGGAGCUGAAGACAUUGGAGAAGGAGACGGCUGGCCAGGACGAGGACCACUUCAUCACAGUGGAUGCCGUGGGCUGCUUUGAGGGUGAUGAGGAGGAGGAGGAAGAGGAGGAGGAGGAGGAGGAGGAGGAGGACGAUGAAGAGGAAGAGGUCGAGGUCGAGGAAGAAUUCUGCAAGCAGGUGAGGUCCAAAGACGGCUCCGGAGGGGAGCGGAAGGGCUUGGAGACCUACAGCUCCAACACUGCAUAUGGUGUGGACUUCCUGGUGCCUGUGAUGGGCUACAUCUGCAGCGUCUGCCGCAAGUUCUGUCAUGGCAACUCCGGGGCGCGGCUCUCCCACUGCAAGUCGUUGGCCCACUUUGAGAACCUGCAGAAACACAAAGCAGCCGAGAGCUCCGGCCCCACGUCCCGGCCCGUGAGCCGCCAGUGCGCCAUCAACGCCCGCAACGCGCUGACUGCACUGUUCACCUCCAGCAUUGGUAGUGGUCGCCCGCCCAGCCAGUCCAGCCCUCAGGACAAGGCCCAAACCCCCGGCAAGGUGACACCUCGAGCCGCUAAUCCCCCACCCCGCCCUCGGCGCUCGGGCCGCCUCAAAACCUGAAAGUGGGAGCUCCCUGAGCCCAGCGCGUCUGGGUCCGGACCUGUUAAUGCUUUCAGGGGUCUGUGUGGAAAUGGACGUGGUGGAUGUUUUUACUCAAAGCCAAUAAAAGGUAGUUUGGAUGCACAGUGCCCACCAGCACUUCUGUCUGGGUGAACUGGCUAUGGCACAGCAGCUCUCAGCCAGUGCCCGGCCUCUGGCCGCAGUGUAGUGGCAGAACUGGAAGGCAAACAUAGCCUUCCUGAGGCUCUUCACCUGGGCCUGUUUCCCUCCUAAUAAGGUAUCAGGCCUAGGAAAUAGCCUUCGAGUAAAUUAAGGUCUUUGUGAACCUUUGCAAUUCUAGGAGGUGGUGUGCUUGCUACCUCAAAAUUACAGGUGAAGAAACUGAGGCCGAGAGAGGCCACGGGGCCGGUAAGAGGCCAGGAUUUGAGCCCCGUGCUGGCCUCUCUGCAGUUGACUUUGGUGCAGCUGAGCUGUAGGUGAGGGCCCUUCCCAUGCAGGUGCUCUGGUACUCCGUUCUCAGUUCACUGGCAGGGUGCAGGCAACAUGAAGAAGAAUCAUCAGCAAAUGGGCUCAGGCUGUGUUGGCUGUGUAGUUGUUUUCUCCUUUAGAUCCUUAGCCAACCAGCCCGGCCCUAUCGCUGGCCAGAUGGAGACGGCGGAAGGGCAGUACCACGGUUGCCCAGCAUGUCUUGGUGUUGGUGGUCUUGGUGAAAGACCCAGCACCCAGAGAGGCCAAGUGUGUCCCACAAAGUCACCCCACAUGUCUGAUGCUGUCUCAGAGGAUGCUCCGACCUCGUGUACACUGUGUCCAGAAACAUGAGGCGAUUUGGUGCCCCCCUCCCAGCCUUUGCGCUGCUAGUGUGCAAUCUGCGCACUCCAGUGUCGGCACUGGCCGACUGCCCACCCAGCCCAGCCCCCAGGACAAGGCCAGACCCUUCAGCGAGGCGAUGGCUCCAGCCCCCAGCAUCCCUUCUGUGCUUGCGCCACCUCAAGACCUGAUAGCAGGAGCUCCUCGUGCCCAGCCUGUCUGCGUGCAGAUCUGUUAAUGCUUUUAGGAGUCUGUGUGGAGACUGAUGGGGUUGGAGUUUCCUCUCAAAAGCCAAUAAAGGAAGGUAGUCUGGUCGUGCAGUGCCCACUAGCACUUCUGUCUGGGUGGAUAGGGGAAGGGGCACACAAGCAGCUCUCAGUCAGCACCUAGCCUCUCUGGGUACAGCUGGUGCCACCAGUGU